AUGGGGCUUCUAUUCACACUUCUUUUCCUCUCCCCUCUCUUCCUCCUCUCCCAAGCCUCCUCCGCCGAGCUCAACACCACCCGCUGCGCCCUCGCCGGCGCCACCAAUUGCAACAUUUUCCGCAGUAAAUUGGUGUACGACGCUUCCUACCCGUUCUACGACUUCUCCUCCUGCCCCUUCAUCGACGACCAGUUCAAUUGCCUCAAAUACCGCUGUCCAGAUCGGAAUUACCUCAAGUACCAGUGGCAGCCUUUCUCCUGCAACCUAGCUAGGUGUGGUCCUACUGCCAAGAGAAACUAUCAUUUGUAUGGUGAUAUUGUUUCUUUUGAUACGACAUACUCAACAAAUAGCUCGGAAUCCCUUCAAUCCGGUCUCGUGGCGCUUGUGCAGCUCUACAAUUCAUUCGAGGAAUUCAGCCGGAAUAAAUCAUCAGGAGUCGAUGGUGCUGAUCAGAAAUCGAUGGAGGAAUCUCUGUCGUGA